AUGUCAUCCUCUGACGAGGAGACCCUGAGCGAACGCUCGUGCGUGAGCGAGCGGUCGUUCCGCAGCGAGCGGUCAGGGGGAUCCUUGUCACCUUGUCCCCAUGGUCCAUCUGCUGGACCCAAAGGGGACACUCUGCCAUGGAACCUGUCCAGACACGAGAGACGCAAGCGGAAGAGCCAGGACUCUGUGCUGGACCCUGCUGAGAGGGCAGUGGUGCGUGUAGCAGACGAGCGAGACAGGGUGCAGAAGAAAACGUUCACGAAAUGGGUCAACAAACAUCUCAUAAAGGUGCGAAAGCACAUCACAGACCUGUACGAGGACCUGCGGGAUGGACACAACCUCAUCUCCCUGCUGGAGGUGUUAUCUGGAGUCACGCUGCCCAGAGAAAAGGGCCGCAUGCGAUUCCACAGGCUUCAGAAUGUUCAAAUUGCCUUGGACUUCCUCAAACAGAGACAGGUCAAAUUAGUGAAUAUCCGGAAUGAUGACAUCACAGAUGGGAACCCCAAACUAACACUGGGCCUGAUCUGGACCAUCAUCCUUCACUUCCAGAUCUCGGAGAUCUACGUGAGCGGUGAGUCAGCUGACCUGACGGCAAAAGAGAAGCUGUUACUAUGGAGCCAGCAGGCCACAGAAGGCUACCCUGGCAUUCGCUGCGUCAACUUCUCUUCCUGCUGGAGCGAUGGACGCAUGUUCAAUGCCAUCCUGCACAGAUACAGACCGGACCUGAUCGACAUGGGCUCGGUGGCCCGGCAGGGUAACCGUGAGAACUUGGAGCAGGCAUUUGAGAUCGCCGAGUCGCUAGGGGUGACGCGACUCCUGGACGCAGAGGAUGUCGACGUACCGUCACCAGACGAGAAGUCCGUCAUUACGUACGUGUCCUCCCUCUACGACGCCUUCCCCAAGAUCCCAGAAGGAGGAGAAGGCAUUGCAGCUCAUGACGUUGACCAGCGGUGGGCGGAGUACCAGUCUCGCUUUUCCUCUCUGCUGCAGUGGACCAGACAGCACACGGCCCUGAUGGCCAACAAAAGCUUCUCAUCGAACCCUGUAGAGCUGAAGGCACUUUACAAUGAAUACGUCCACUUCAAAGAGACAGAGAUCCCUGCCAAGGAGAUGGAGAAGGGCCAUGUUGAGCACCUUUAUAAACUGCUGGAGGUAUGGAUAGAGUUUGGGCGGCUUAAAUUGCCCCAGGGACUGCACCCCAAUGACCUGGAAGAAGAAUGGGGCAAAUUAAUCCUGGAGAUGCUGGAGAGAGAGAAAGCCCUGCGGCCUGCUGUGGACAGGCUGGAGCUGCUCUUACAGAUGGCCAAUAAGAUCCAGAACAUGGCUCUGGACUGUGAAGAGAAACUCACCCUGGCGAAGAACACUCUACAGGCAGACAUGUCUCAUGUGGAGAAUGGAGAGUCAGUGCGCUGUGAGCAGGAGCUGGGAGUCUACCUACAAGACUGUGAAGCCCUGGUCAGACAGCUGCACCUGGACCUUCAGAUCCUACGAGAUGAGAAGUACUACCAAGUGGAGCAACUGGCCCUCAGGGUGUCCUGUCUGCAGGAGGAGCUGGUCUCUCUCCGGCUGCAGUGUGCCAGCGUCUACAGGAAGGGACAUUUCUCUACGGGGGGAGUGCUGGGGGAGCAGGGUGGACAGCGGGGGACAGGCCGUGACAGUUUGGCCACAGUGGGGGCACAGACGUUGCUGGGAGCGGUCGGCGCCGUGGCAACCCUGCUCCGACGGCCCAUGUCCCGGUCAGAGUUGGUGGCCAUGUCAUCAUCAGAGGACGAGGGGAGUUUACGCUUCAUCUACGAGCUGCUUGGAUGGGUGGAAGAGAUGCAGGACCUGCUGGAGCGUGCUGAGUGGGGUUCGGACCUCCCCUCAGUAGAACAGCAUCUGCAGGAUCACCAUAGCAUCCACGCCGCGGUAGAGGAGCUCCUACACAGCCUUAAGGAGGCGCGAAACUACGAGUCAAGAGUCUCACCUAAUUUCCGCAGCAGUUACUCAGAGACCCUGGCCAAACUGGAGAACCAGUACUGCAAACUGCUGGAACAUUCGUCAUGGCGACUGCGUUGCCUAGAGAGCCUGCGAGCGUUCGUGUCUCACUGCACAGAAGAGCUGAUCUGGCUGAAUGAGACCGAGGAGGAGGAGUUGGCCUUCGACUGGAGCGACAGUAACACCAACAUGACUGCCAAAAGAGAACAAUACAAUGAAUUGAUGGCACAGUUAGAGCAGAAAGAGGAAGUGAUGCAAUCCUUGCAAGAAACAGCUGACCAGCUUCGUCAAGACAACCACCCAGCCAAACAGACUAUAGAGGCUUACAGCGCCGCCUUACAGACCCAGUGGCAGUGGGUGGGGCAGCUGUGUGUAUGUGUGGAGCAACACCUCAAAGACAACACUGCCUACUUCCAGUUUGUCACUGAUAUACGGGAAUGUGAGACCUUCCUGCGACAACUGCAAGACACCAUCAAAAGACAGUACACCUGUGACAAGAACAGCAGACUUGGGAAACUGGAGGAUCUUCUACAAGACUCUAUGGAGGAGAAGGAGCAACUGAUUGAUCAUCGUAGCUCUGUGGCUAGUCUGGUGAGUCGAGCCAAGACCGUGGUCCAGCUCCGCCCACGUAGUGCAGACCACACCCUUGGGACUACCACGCCUAUCCGUGCCAUCUGUGACUACCGGCAAAUUGAGAUCACAAUAAGUGAAGGAGAAGAGUGUGUGUUGGAGGAUAACUCUCAGAGGACCAAGUGGAAGGUGAUCAGUCCCACAGGGAAUGAGGCCAUGGUGCCCUCUGUGUGUUUCACCAUCCCACCCCCGAACCAGGAGGCCAUUGACACUGCCAGCAGGGUGGAGCAGCUGUAUCAGAAUGUGAUGUCUCUGUGGCACCAGCUGCAUGUAAACAUGAAGAGCGUUGUGUCCUGGCACUACCUGCAGAAGGACAUCAGGAAUAUCUCCUCCUGGAAUCUCGACACGGUUCGCUCCCAGUCUCCAGCCGAGAGGAAGCAGAUCUUGGACAAUCUGGACACCCACCUGAACGACUUUUUGACAGACAGUCGGGAGAGCGCCCUUUUCACACCAGCCGAGAGACGAGAGCAAGAGAAAGAGGCUGAAGCGUGCCGUGAGCACUGUGAAGAGCUGCUCAUCUCCAUGGAGACAGUGGAGAAGGAUGAGUCAGUCUCUCGGUCCUACCUCUCAGAGUUACAGAACAUCCGAUCACACCUCGAGGAGGCGGAGCAGAGGUUAAUGCGAGGCAUGCAAACCUCUCCUCUCAGCAGUCUCUCAGGAGACAGUGUGGACAGUGCUGUUCAUAUUGCUGAGCAAGAGAGGCUGCAGCAGGACCUGAGUGGUCUACGCUCAAGUCUCGGUGAUGUGUCUCGCCGCUGUGUCAGCUUCUUUGAGGAGAAGCCCACCUCCUCCAGUGUGCCUGUUCUGCGCUCCGAGCUCAACUUAGCUGUGGAGCACAUAGAGAAACUACACUCGCUCUCCUCUGUCUACCUGCAGAAGCUGAAGACAGUAGACGUGUUAAUGCGAAGCCUGCAGGCAGCAGAGAGUCAGGUGAAGAAGUAUGAGAGUCUGCUGAGUGAAGAGGAUAUGGUUCCUGCAGACACCACUGCCAUCAAUGCCUUAAGAGAACAGCUAGCAAAGUGGAACUCUGAACUGGAUAACCAGGAACACUUGUUCCAGACUCUGAGUUCCGAGAUGCAACAGGCCCGAGAGGCAGGUACCCAGCUCAGUCAGCUACACCCGGACCGCAGCCCUGAACUUGACCGCUACCAGGAGAAAGCAGCUCAGCUCAUGGAAAGAUGGAGCGGAGUACACAGGCAGAUGGAGACACGGCAAGCCGAACUGGAGAUGUUGGGGUCGGUCCUGCAGCAGUAUAGGGAGAACCACAGUGAACUCAUCCACUGGAUCGAAGAGACCACGGAGAGACAGGAGAAAACACAGCCUGAACAGACGGACAGCAGAGCUCUCCAAGAGCAGCUCUCACAGCAAAUGACUUUGGUGGCUGAGAUAGAGCGGAACCAGGUCAAGCUGGAUGCGUGUCAGACACAUUCUAAACAGUACUCUGCUGCUGUUAAGGACUAUGAACUUCAGCUCAUGACAUUCCGAGCAUUCGUGGAAUCAACCCAGAAGUCUCCUGUGAAGAGGAGGAGGAUGCACUCCUCAUCAGAUGCCAUCACACAAGAGUUCAUGGAUCUACGCACACGGUUCACAGCUUUGGUAACCCUGACGACGCAACACAUUAAGUACAUCAAUGACGCGCUACGAAGACUAGAAGAAGAAGAGGUCAGUUUUUAUCCCUCCCCGAGAUUAUAUUUAAAGUCCAUCGGAGACGGAAGACAUAGCUCUAUGCCAUUUCACAGUUUUUCUUGGUUGAAAGAGGUAGAGGAAGAGAGGCAGGCACGAGUGGGUCAAGUCUCAGAAUUGCUGGGUUGGGUUAAAGGUCUUCAGGCACAAGCAGGGGCCUUCAGGAGUUCACAGGCCAGUGACCCCAAAUCUGCUGAGUCACUGCUUGCUGCACAGCAGGCUAUUAGCGAACAACUAGCUGCCAAAAAGGAGGAAGUAGCAGAGGCUAUCAGGAGCACUGAGGUUUUCCUGUUAUCAAAACAAGCCAGCAAGUUGUCUGCUGAGGAGCGUGCACAGGUGACCUCUCAGCUGGAUGAACUGACCGCCACCUACAGCCAGCUGUGUGACAGCUCUGCAGCCCAGGUGCAACAGCUGGAGGAACAGCUGGCCAAAGAGGAGGAACGCAAGAUGGUGCAGCAGCGGAAGGCAGAGUGUUCUCAGAAAUUGGAGGGGCUUACAAUGUGGCUGGCUGGUGCUGCCAGCAUGCUGGCCAAUCAGAGAACAGGAACAGAGUCAGGUGAUGUGAGCGUGCUGCAACAGAAACAGAGAGAGCUUACGGAGAUGCAGAAAGACCUACAGACCAAAGGUGAUGGGGUCAUGGAGACAAUUCGUUCGGUGGAAGAGUUCUUGGCUGAGCGAGGAGACAGUCUAAGUGCCGAGGAGAAGGCCAGCCUCCAGAAUGCGGUCUCCCAGAUGAAGGAGCAGUACAACUCUCUCACGGACACAGCUCAGUCUUCGCUGGUUCAACUCGACACGGCCAUCAGCACCACACUUCAGCAGAACACACAGAGAGCAAAGGCUGUGGAGGAACUUCAGGAGACUCAGGGAAAAAUAGACACACUUCUUACAGAGCUCUCAUCGUUGGACCAGUUAGCGAGAAAGUCGUUUGAAAAUGAAACGGUCACAGAUUCACCCUUCUCCACGACGCCGGAGGGGGCUCUGCGCUCGCACAGUGACACGUUACAGGCGGAGCUGCAGCAGUUACAGUCUCAACAGGCUCACCUCUUGCAAGUGGCCCAAUCCGCGCGCUCUCUCCUGGAACAGCCGGAUUCUACUGUACCCCCGGAGGAGAAGCAGCGCCUACGUGCUAAGUUGGACCAGCUGCAGUCCCAGCACCAGGAACGUCUUCAGAGCUGCCAGGAUAGACUCAGACGGGCAGAUGCUCUCCAUGACGAGCUAGCAAAGUUCUUACAAGAACACAGUGGUCUGGGAACCUGGCUGGAACAAUGUGAGCAGGAGCUCUGUUCCCUAGGGGAAGGAGAAACUGAUGCACAAGGGUUAAAGGACAGGCUGGAAGAACACAAAAAGCUGGCAGAGGAUGUAAUCUGCCAUAAGGCAGACUUGCGCUUCGUGUCUAUCUCAGGUCAGAAGGUUCUAGACUCGGUCCAGGGGGCCUUAGAAAGAGUGGGCGGUACUGACCUGGUGCUGGAGGAAACGAAACGCCUGGUCAGUGACAGGCUGCAGGAUGCCACACAGCGUUACAGUUCACUACACAGCAAGUCUUCAGAUCUUGGGACUCGUCUCUCUGGUCUCCUGGACCGUUACCAGCAGUACCGAGACGAUGCUAGCUCACUGGAUUCAUGGCUCACUGCUCAGGAACAGAAUCAAAGCCUGCUCAAAGCCAGUGGGGAACAGGCAGACCCACAGACCCUACAGAACACAUUGCGUGCUGUUCAGCUGCUGCAGGAUGAACUUGCAGAGCGCUCGGUACAGUUAGAGAAAGUCAGGAGAGCAGCAAAGGAACUGGCCAACAUGCAGGAGUCCCCCACACUCAAAAGAGAAAGUAUCACCAACAGUGCAGAUCCCCUUGAGAGUCGGUUUGGAGCACUCUCUGAAUUGGUUUCGGUCAGAGCCGAGCAGCUUCAGACAGCGGUAGCCCAGUCUGUCAGCGUGCAGGAGGGGCUCAAAACAUUGCUAGCCUGGCUGGAUGGGCUAGCGUUAGCCCCUAGCUCUGUUCAGCCCUCUGCUAAAGCAGUACAAGAGGCUCUUACCCAGAAUCAGAAACUGCGUCAGGAACUGUUAUCAAGACAAGGUAGCGUUGAUGCCACAAAAGAUUCUGUGGCCAAGCUUUUGAAGUCUGCUGAUGCAACUACAGCCACUGGACUGCAGGGGGCUCUGCAGGACCUGAUCCAACGUUAUGCUGCAGCCCAGGCCAAACAGGCUGAGAGAGAGACCGAGUUAAGGGGACUACUGCCCAAGCUAGAGAGCUUUGAGCGCCUGACUGCUGACCUGCAAAGCUUCACGCAAAGUCGAGAGAGAGCUCUCAGUCUGGGCGGUCAGCCAGACCGCAGUGUGGAAGACUACAAACAGGCCAUAGAGGAAGUGAAAUCAGAGUUGACACAAGAGGCAAGCCAGCUGAAAUCCUUUGUUGAGCUUGGGACGGAACUGAGCCAGUCUGGGACCCUUGCGAAUACACAAAGCCUCCUGGACACAACCAAAGAGGUGUCAGAGAAGUUCACCUGCCUAGAAUCUGAUGUCAACAAGAGGUUCAGUGCCAUCCAGAGCUGUGAACAGCAGCUGGUCCAGUUCCGCUCACUCUCUGGCUCUCUGCUCAGGUGGCUACAGACGGCACAAGAGCAGCUGCCUGCCAAAGAGCCCAAUCUCAACACGGAGGGUCUGCAAAGGAGAGUCCAGCAACUUAAGGAGUUGCUAAGUGACUGGGAAGCCCAGGGCAAUCGUGUACAGGAACUGAACAAGAGCAGCUCGGAGCUUGAAAGCGUAAUCAUCAGUAUCACAGCCCCUCAGAACAAGACUGGUGAGAGUUUGGAGAAUUUGCACCCCAGCAGUGUCAAUGGUAUUCACACCUGCAAAGACCUUACAGAGAUUCAGGUGGCUGUGGCGGACGUGAAUAGCCGGUAUGAACAGCUCGGAGGAGAUCUUAAAGAGAGGCAGGGAAAGCAAGAAGCUUCGCUGGAGCUACGUCAGCGCGCCAGACAGGGUACCGAGGCCCUUGCUCAAUGGCUGGGCAGCCGUGAGCAGAGCCUGGCACAAGGACAGACAGCCUCGCCUUCCCGACCAGAGGUGGUGCGUGCUCAGGCACAGGAGAACAAGGCUUUACUUUCGGAGCUGGCAGAACAUUCUGGAAAGGUGGAAGAGCUGAAGAGCGCCCUGAAGCAGCUGAUCGCAGAAAACCCGGAUUCCCCUGAGGCAGAGAUGUGGAAACAGCAGCUCAAAGACAUUGACUCACGGUGGGAGAAAGCCAAUCAAUCUGCAGCACAGAGGCAAAAGGAACUGGAAGUGUGUGCAGAUAGGCUGGGCAGCUUUGCUUCAGCGGCCAAUCAGUUAGGGCCCUGGCUGCGGGAGAAAGAGCUGAUGAUGAGUGUGCUGGGCCCCCUGAGCAUCGACCCCAACAUGCUCAACACACAGAAACAACAAGUGCAGUUCAUGCUGCGGGAGUUUGAGACGCGUCGAUCGCAGUUUGAUCAGCUCACGCAAGCUGCUGAGGGCAUCCUAUCUCCCAGUCAGGAGAAAGGCUCUGGAGAGAUGCAGCCAGACCUCGAAGAAGUGCGGCAGGAGCUGGCAGCUAUCUCUCGGCAGUGGGAUGAUCUGACUUCACGGCUGACGGGUCGUUCAGAGCAGAUUGACAGGGCACAGGGCACGAGUGAACGUUACCAGGCCCUGCUGCGGGAGCUGGCACGCAGCGUGUCUGACCUUGGCGAGCGACUGGACGCGCAGGCUUCGCUUAGCGCCCAACCUGAAGCGUUGCGGCGUCGUCUUCAGGAAACGGGCGAGAUCCGUGCUGAGCUGGAACAGAGACGUGGUGAGCUUGCUCAGGCCCAGGGUCUUUGUGCUGAGCUCAGUGCUAUCGUAGCCGAGCCCUACCUCAAAGAGGAGCUCCUCAAGAGACUGGAGAGUGUCAGUGGGCCACUGAAGAGUCUUGAAGAGAGAGCAGCGGACGGUUUGUCCCAGCUGCAAGCUGCUCUCUCAAGUACACAGCAAUUUCAGCAGAUGUUUGAGGAGCUACGCAACUGGUUGGACGGGCAGGCUGGACACCAGGCUAGUGGACCUGCCUCUCUUCCCUGUCAACCUGAGGCCUUGCGGGCCCUGCUAGCACAACAAGAGGAGGUCCAACGUGGAGUUGCACAGCAGCGCGGGUCCUACGAACUCAUUCAGGCAGAGGGGGCCUCCCUCAUGGCUUCUCUACCUGCCGGCGAGGAGCGUUCAGCUUUGCAGAGCCGCUUGGGCACCUUGAAACAGGACUGGGAGAGUCUGAAUCACCGUGUUGCUGAGUGCCAGGCUUUGCUCAAGGAGACACUCACCCGUGCCGAGCAGUACCGGCAACAUCGAGAUGAACUGACUCCUUGGGUCAAAGCCUGUGAGGAGAAGGAGGGAGAGAUCCAGCCUUCCCUGGACACUGCCGCUUUAGAGGAAGCCUUACAGAAUGCCCGGCAGCUUGGCUUGGACCUGGAACGCCGUCGACCUUUGGUGGAGGCCUUGAAUUCUGCUGCAGAUCAGCUACUGGAGCAGUGUCGUGUUGGUGAGGAGGAAGUACGUGAUGAGAAGGCUUUGCUGAACCGCAGGGUAGAUGGACUCACGGAGAGAUUGCAGGGCCGCACAGCCCAGCUGGAGGAGCUGGUUAGCCGUUUGAAGGAAUUUGAGGAGGGCAGGCAGGCUGUGGAGAGGAGACUAGAAGCUGCCAGGCACCAGAUCGAGGUCCAGGAGGCACUGGGUCCACAGGCCUGUAGUAACAAGAGCCUGGAGCGACUACGCAGCCAGCAAGAGACCCUGCACUCCCUACAACCACAGGUGGUCUACCUCCGAGAUCUAGCCCGUGGGUUAGUGCAAGAUGCUCCACAGACACUAGGGGGCAGCGAAGAAGGAGCCCAAAAGCUAGAGCAGCAGGCCCAGGAAACCGAACGAGAGUUUUCAGAUGUUAGUGAGAAGAUUGAGCAGUGCUGUUCUUCCCUGGAGGCACGCCUGCAGGGCGUGGGAGAGGUCCAGUCUCGUGUCCGCGAUGUCUUCUCCCGUCUGGCUGAUCUGGAUGAUGAACUGGACAGUCUGAGCCCUGUGGGACGGGAUGCCGAUUCCCUGGCCUCGCAGGCCGAGGCCGUCCGGGGUUUCCUUGGCCGCCUGGCAGCCCUAAGAUCUGAACUGGAGGUCCACGGGGGCGAGUGCGCCAACAUGCUAAGGCGAGAGGGCAGUUCUCCAGACCUGCUGGCCCUCCGCAGAGAGACGGAAGCGUUGAGUCGGCAGGCGGGCAAACUGGCAGAGAGGGGUCAGGCCAGGCUGGCACUCAUUCAGGCGGCAGAAGAACGUGUACAGGAGUUCUACACCCGGCUGGCAGAGCUGCAGAUGAUGCUGGGCCAGGCUGAAGGCAGUCUGAAUGCACAAGGCGCCGUGGCAACAGAGGUGGAGCUCAUCAAACAGCAGCUGCAAGAGUUCAAGGCUGUGGAGCGGGAGCAGGUGGACAGCAUUCAGCCAAAGCUGCAGCAUGUAAAUGCCGUUGGCCAGGGCCUCAUACAGAGUGCAGCCAAACACACAGAUACUCAAGCCCUGGAACAUGAUCUGGAGACCACCAACUUACGCUGGAACUCCCUCAACAAAAGAGUAGCUGAGAGGAUUGCCCAGCUGCAGGAGGCCUUGUUACAUUGUGGAAAGUUUCAAGAUGCGCUGGAGCCACUGCUAAGUUGGCUCAGUGACACUGAAGAACUGAUCGUCAAUCAGAAACCUCCCUCAGCUGAAUACAGAGUGGUCAAGGCACAAAUUCAAGAGCAGAAGCUGUUGCAGAGGUUGCUGGAUGACAGGCGUGGGACCGUGGAGAUGAUAAGAGCGGAGGGAGAACGUAUCGCUGCUACAGCUGAGACCCAGGACAGAGACAAGAUUCAGAGACAGCUACAGAGCCUGGGAGAGAGAUGGACAGACCUGCUGGAAAAAGCUAGUGCUAGACAGAGACAGUUGGAGGAGCUGCAGGUUCUGGCUCUUCAGUUCCACGAGGCUGUGGAGCCACUGGGAGAGUGGCUGAGCACCACAGAGAGACGCCUGAGCUCUGCUGAGCCCAUGGGAACACAGACUUCCAAAAUCACUCAGCAGAUCGCACGACACAAGACCCUCCUAGAGGAGGUGUCUGCACGAGGAGCAGAGGUGGAGCACCUGGAGGCUCUGGGCCAGUCAUUGUCCCCUCUAAGUUGCGCCGCCGACCGUGAUUGGCUGAGCGAGCGUGUCGGCGCAGUGCGCAGCAGUCACACAGAGCUGCGUGAUUGGUGCAUGCGGCGGGAAGCCAUGCUGGAGCAGGCCCUUGCCAACGCACAGUUGUUUGGGGAAGAGGAGGUGGAGGUGCUGAACUGGCUGGCAGAGGUGGCACAGAGGUUGGCCGAAGUGUCGGUGCAGAGCUACCAGCCCGAGCUGCUUGCCCAGCAACACAAACACACACUGUCACUGAAUGAGGAGAUUGUGAGCAGGAAGAAGACAGUUGAUCAGGCCAUUAAGAACGGACAGGCCUUGCUGAAACAAACCACAGGUGAAGAGGUGCUGCUGAUCCAAGAGAAACUGGACGGAAUUAAAAGUCGCUAUGCGGAGAUAACAGCUGGGAGCAGCAAGGCCCUCAGGACUCUGGAGCAGGCCCUGCAGCUGGCCACACGAUUCGCCAGCGCCAACGACGACCUCAACCAAUGGCUGGACUCGGUGGAGGCAGAACUCAACAACAUUGAACCAGACACCACGCCAGCCUAUCAGGACAGACAGAAGGAGCUGAAGUGUCUGUCAGCAGAGAAGCGGCUGGUCCUAGACACUGUGAACGAGGUGGGCAGUGCCCUCCUUGACUUGGUGCCCUGGAGAGCCCGUGAGGGUCUUGACCGCCUCGUCGCAGAUGCCAACCAGCGUUAUAGACAAGCAGAUGAGACCAUCACUCAGAGAGUACAGCAAGUGCAGGCUGCCAUCCAGAGGUCACAGCAGUAUGAGGAGGCUGUGGAUGCGGAGCUGGCCUGGGUGGCAGAGACGGAGAGGAAACUGGCUUCUCUGGGAGCUCUCAGUCUGGAGCCUGACGUGACUGUGGCACAGCUCCAGGUGCAGAGGGCCUUCAACAUCGACAUCAUCCGUCACAAAGACACGGUAGACCAGCUUCUGGACACGCGCGAUGACAUCCUGGAGACCUGCACUGAGCAGCAGAGAGAAGCUCUGAAGUUGAAGACAGACUCUCUUAGCACCCGCUAUGAGGGGGUCAGUCAGAAGCACGCAGAGCGGUUCUCAGCUCUGGAACAGGCCCAGGUGCUGGUGGCGCGGUUCUGGGAGACUUAUGAGGAAUUGGAGCCCUGGCUGGGUGAAACCGAAGCUCUGAUCGCCCAGCUCCCCCCACCUGCCAUCGACACGGAGGCUCUCAGACAGCAGCAGGAUCAGAUGAGGCUUUUAAGAGAGUCAAUAGCAGAGCACAAGCCUCACAUUGACAAGCUUCUGAAGAUCGGACCGCAGCUGGCUGAACUAAGCGCCCAGGAGGGUGCGUCCGUGAGGCAACGGUACAGCGAGGCCGAGAGACGUUAUCUGGCCAUAAAGGAGGAUGUCAAAGGUCGUGCCACAGCACUGGACGAGGCCGUGUCACAGUCUGCCCAGCUGGUAGAGUUCCAUGAUAAGAUGGACCCACUCCUGGAGACUCUGGAGGGGGCGGUGCAGCGCCUGCGGCAGCCUCCUCCGGUGGCGGCAGAGGUGGAAAAGAUCCGGGAGCAGCUGGGGGAGCACCGGGGAGCAGGGCUGGAGCUGGACAAGCUGCUGCCCUCCUUCAGUGCCCUGUGUGCCCGCGGCGAGGAGCUCAUCACCCGCGCACCCCAUGACGAUCCUGCUGCCCAGGUGGUGCGUUCACGACUGCUGCGUCUGCGUUCCCUUUGGGAUGAAAUCCGACAACGUGCCGAGGAGCGGGAGGCAAAACUCCAGGACGUUCUGGAUUUGGCCGGGAAAUUCUGGGCCGACAUGGCAGCUCUCCUGAGCACGCUCCGAGACUCACAGGACAUCGUGAGGGAGCUGGAAGAUCCCGGAGUUGACCCGUCCCUCAUCAAACAGCAGAUAGAGGCAGCAGAGGCCAUUAAGGCGGAGACAGAUGGUCUGAGGGAAGAGCUGGAGAUUGUGCGUACUCUCGGGGCAGACCUCAUCUUUGCCUGUGGAGAGACAGAGAAGCCAGAGGUGAAAAAGACCAUUGAUGAGAUGAACGCUGCCUGGGAAGGCUUGAACCGGACGUGGAGGGAGAGGAUGGAGAGAUUAGAUGAGGCUAUGACAGCCUCUGUACAGUACCAGGAUGCACUGCAGGGCAUGUUUGACUACCUGGACAAUGCUGUCAUCAAACUCUGUGACAUGCCUACUGUGGGAACAGACCUCAGCACAGUUAAACAGCAAAUUGAGGAGCUCAAGCAAUUCAAGGUGGAGGUGUACCAACAGCAGAUUGACAUGGAGAAGCUGUGCCACCAGGGGGAGCUGCUGCUUAAGAAAGUGACUGAUCAGACAGACAGAGACAUGAUCCAGGAACCCCUCACUGAGCUCAGACACCUGUGGGACAAUUUAGGAGAUAAGAUCACACUCAGACAGCAUAAACUGGAGGGAGCUCUCCUGGCUCUGGGUCAGUUCCAGCACGCUCUGUCCGAACUUCAGUCCUGGCUCAGCCACACUCAUGCCACUCUGGACACCCAGCGUCCUGUCAGCUCUGAUCCCAAAGCCAUUGAGAUCGAGCUGGCCAAGCACCACGUGUUACGGAAUGACGUUCUGUCCCAUCGCGCCACAGUAGAGACAGUGAACAGUGCUGGGUCUGAGCUGCUGGAGUCCAGCCCUGGCGAUGAGGCCAGUCACCUCCGAGACCAACUUGACGAACUGAAUCGCAGCUGGGAGAAUCUGCUGCUGAAAACUGAGGAGAGACAGAAGCUGCUGGAGGCCGCAUUGCAACAGGCGGAAGGUUUCCAUGGUGAGCUGGAGGAGUUCCUGCAGUGGCUUAGACGCACAGACAGCCAGCUGUCUGCUGCUAAGCCCACAGGUGGCCUGCCUGAGACUGCCAGAGAGCAGCUGCAGCAGCACAUGGAGCUCCAGGCCCAGUUAACGCAGCGCGCUGAGCAGUACCAUCGUCUACUGGACCAGGGAGAAUCCAUGCUCUUGGCCAGAGGGGAGGAGGCAGGACCCGGGACUACCCAGACACAGCAGAACCUGGCUCUGCUCCAGAACAAAUGGGCCAGUCUCAACACUAAGAUGGAAGACCGGAGGGCUAAAUUAGAGGAAGCAGUCACCUUAGCAACAGGAUUCCAGUCCUCUCUUCAGGACACUAUAAACUGGCUGACACAGGCUGAGCAGACUCUCAAUAUGGCUCAGCCACCCAGUCUCAUCUUGGACACUGUCCUCUUCCAGAUAGAUGAGCAUAAGGUGUUUGUGAAUGAGGUGAACACACACAGAGAGCAGGUGCUGGCUCUGGAGAAGGCUGGCUCGCAGCUGCGUUUCGCUAGCCUCAAACAGGAUGUGGUUCUCAUCAAGAAUCUGCUGCUGAGCGUGCAGGCUCGCUGGGACAAGCUCGUGCAGAGGUCACUGGACAGGGGCCGACAUCUGGAUGAGGCCCGCAAGAGAGCCAAACAGUUUCAUGAGGCCUGGAGGAAGCUCACUGACUGGCUGGAGGAGGCAGAGAACCGACUGGACUCUGAGCUGGAGAUCUCCAAUGAGCCUGACAAGAUCAAAGUGCAGCUGGCCAAGCAUAAGGAGUUCCAGAAAGCUCUUGGUUCCAAGCAACCAGUGUAUGACACCACGGUACGCUCUGGAAGGGCAAUGAGAGACAAAGCCACGUUACCAGCCGACACACAGAGACUGGACAACCUACUGGGUGAAGUCAGAGACAAGUGGGACACUGUGUGCGGAAAAAGUGUGGAAAGGCAGCACAAGUUGGAGGAGGCUCUACUGUUCUCAGGUCAGUUUGCUGAGGCCCUUCAGGCCCUGGUAGACUGGCUGUACCGUGUAGAGCCACAGCUCAGUGAAGACCAGCCUGUCCAUGGAGAUCUGGACCUGGUCUCCAACCUCAUGGACUCCCACAAGGCCUUCCAGAAGGAGCUGGGAAAGAGAACCAGCAGCGUGCAGGCUCUGAAGCGCUCUGCUCGGGAGCUGAUGGAGACAGGCCGCGAUGACACUGCCUGGGUCAAAGUUCAGCUGCAGGAACUCAGCAACCGCUGGGACACUGUCUGUGCGCUGUCAGUCUCAAAACAGACCCGCCUCCAACAGGCUCUCAAGCAGGCGGAGGAGUUCCGCACAGCUGUACAGCUGCUGCUGGAAUGGUUGUCAGAAGCGGAGCAGACGCUUCGUUUCCGCGGCGUCCUGCCAGAGGAGGUGGAGACUCUUCAGACGCUGUUGCACACGCACCGGGAGUUCAUGCAGACCGUUGAGGAGAAGCGAGUGGAUGUAAACAAGGCAGCUGGCAUGGGUGAGGCCAUCCUGGCCGUCUGCCACCCAGACUGCAUCACCACCAUCAAACACUGGAUCACCAUCAUCAGGGCUCGCUUUGAAGAGGUCCUCACAUGGGCCAAACAGCAUGAACAGCGUUUGGAGACUGCUUUGACAGAAUUGCUUAACAACGCCAAACUACUGGAGGAACUGUUGUCAUGGCUACAGUGGGCAGAGACGGCUUUGGUGCAGCGUGACACAGAGCCUCUCCCUCAGGACAUUCCCCAACUGAAGACACUAAUCACAGAGCACCAGACGUUUAUGGAGGAGAUGACACGGAAACAGCCAGAUGUGGAUCGUGUGACAAAGACCUACAAGAGGAAACCUGCUGAGCCUCCCAGCAGCCUGGCUGAGAGAAGGGGGACCCGUAUGUCAUUCACUCAGCAGCAGCAACAGCAAGCACACGCCACUGUGCAGGUAACCGGGGGCAACCCACGUCUCACCCAGCUCUGUUCAAGAUGGCAGCAAGUUUGGCUCCUCGCCUUGGACCGUCAGCGCAAGCUGAACGACGCCCUCGACAGGCUGGAGGAGCUGAAAGAGUUUGCCAACUUUGACUUCGACGUGUGGCGAAAAAAGUACAUGCGGUGGAUGAACCACAAGAAGUCACGAGUCAUGGACUUCUUUAGACGCAUCGAUAAGGACCAGGAUGGCAAAAUUACUCGCCAGGAGUUUAUCGACGGCAUCCUGGCUUCAAAGUUCCCCACCAGCAAGCUGGAAAUGACGGCAGUGGCUGACAUCUUUGACCGUGAUGGCGAUGGUUACAUUGAUUACUACGAGUUUGUGGCUGCUCUUCAUCCCAAUAAGGACGCGUACCGACCCACUACUGACGCAGAUAAGAUUGAAGAUGAGGUCACCAGGCAAGUGGCCCAGUGCAAGUGUGCCAAGAGGUUCCAGGUGGAGCAGAUCGGGGAGAAUAAAUACAGGUUUGGGGACUCGCAGCAGCUGCGUCUGGUGCGGAUUUUGCGAAGCACCGUGAUGGUCCGCGUCGGGGGUGGCUGGAUGGCUCUAGACGAGUUUUUGGUGAAGAACGACCCUUGCCGAGCGCGUGGGCGUACCAACCUGGAACUACGGGAGAAGUUUAUCCUUCCAGAGGGCGCUUCCCAAGGGCUGGCUGCGUUCCGCUCGCGUGGCCGGCGCUCCAAGCCUUCGUCACGCACGGCCUCUCCCACCCGCUCUUCUUCCUCGGCCUCGCAGAGCGCCCAGAGCUGUGGCUCACUGCCCUCUGCUCCGGCCACGCCCACUGCUACCUCCAGGGUGAGCUCAACCUCUAAACUGAAACGACCCACCUUCCACUCCAGCCGUGGUUCUCUGACUGGGGAGAAUGGUGGUGCUACACCUAGUUCUUCUAAGCCUGGACGCUCAGACACUAAGCGUGCUCCUUCCUCAGUGAGUGGGCCCGCUAGUCGAGCAGGCAGCCGCGCUGGGAGUCGAGCCAGCAGCCGGAGAGGCAGUGAUGCGUCUGAUGCGUCCGAGCUGAUGGAGACACGUUCUGCCUGCUCGGACACGUCCGACACCCCUCGCCGGCCCGGGGCCAAGCCGUCCAAGAUCCCCACCAUCUCCAAAAAGGCUCCCAGCCCCAAGACACCAGCAGGGAAGCAAUAGAACAAGCUGCAUUGAACGACCUCGUCUACCACCACCGGUGGGACUCGGAGAAUCCGAAAUCCCCCUCUCCUCCGUCACCUACCGGCACAUAAUCAGACAUUCCCAGUAUAACCUCGGGAUGAAAACGUUCCAGCCAAGCUGCCCUCGUAACCAGCAGUGGCACUUAGACAACGACUGGGCCAGACUGUGCUGAAUCUCCAAUAACCAAACCCAGUUUUUGUCCAUCGGUCUCUGUGUUCCCCGUCAUUAUGGGGCUGCUCUUAGGAACCUGAGACAUCGGGAACCUCGUUUCCAGCCCAGCAUUUUGGGAAGCGACAAGAACCGUAUUGAUGCUGCCUUAUUUGUGUUCCACAUUUCUGUCCUUCAACUGACUUAUUUUAGUUUCUUCAAGUGAGCGAUUCGAGCUGUAAAAAAAAAAAAGUGCUAUUUGGACACUGACACAUGAACACACACACAUUCACCGACGCACACGACUCACACAAACCUCGACGGGUAGCAAAAGACACACGGGAGACAACACCUGUCUGUGUGAUUCAGCCAAUCUACAUGGACACCAACACUGGAAUCAGGGUGAUUUAUUUUGGUCUCCCAAACAUGCAAUAUGCAAAGCUCACCCCUUCCACUGACAUGAGAAAAAUCCAGUGGCCCCUGCCUUCAUGACAAACCCACACGAGUCUGUCGGACAUCCCGCUUAAAUCUUCUCUGAUGAAGAAGAUAGAAAUCACUUGGAUCCUCUCCUUUAUUUGUCCUCCCCGGAGUUGAGACCAGGUGACUGUCGAAGGAAUUCAUCCGGAGAAAAGCGAAGAAAAAAAAAAAAAUAGCGAUAA